UCCAUGGUGUCCAUCCUCUAGAGCCUCACUAUGUAGUGGUUGGACUGGGAGAUGGGACACUUCGCCUUCUCGACAGAUGGCGCAGCGACACCUGGCAGGACCCAGCACCCGACUCACCGACUCCAGAUACUCAUGCCUGUGUCUGUGUCCCAGUGAGGCCUGUAGCAGGUGGGGCGGGGCUAAGGUCUCGCCAGCCACACCUCCUCCGCCCAGCCCCCAGAGCUGGGGGAGUUUCGUAGGCUCUCUGUGCUCCAGUGCUAACAGUGGACCAGUCAUCAGUUUCACCAGUGGAGAUGUCUGCAGAGGUACGACGAAAUACAAGACAGACAUCUACAUGGAGUGUGACCGAUCCAUCACUACUGACGACAGCAAGCCAGUCUUCCAACAGAGCAUGUCAAGAGGCUGUACGAAGGUGCUGUUCUGGUCCAGUCCAUAUGCAUGUCACAGUGAGAGGACCAGCUGUACUCACACUGCGGGGGACAAGUUCUUUGACUUCACUCCACUCCAGGCUAACCCUGGGGAAAAGGCCUGGAAGACACACCACAGCGGAGAUGAGUACUAUGUCAACUUGUGCGGAUCAAUUCCAGAAUUCACUGGUUGUGACCCAGAGACUGCAGUCUGUCUGCACACGUCAAAGGGAGAAUGGCUGAGUAUUGGAAUGACCUCCACUCAGGAGAUUAUUGGAACUACUGACGAUCACAUUCAGAUCAAGUUCAGCGGGAGACACAAGUGCAGAGACGUGACCUCUCACGUCACCAUUGACAUGAGUUGCGGCCUCUCUGGCCUAACACUGGACAGAAAUGAUGAGAACCUGUGUACUUAUGAGUUCUUGUGGAGCACACCUUAUGCCUGCCACGUGGAGGACACGAUUCAGAAAUGGACAAAGUGUGAAGAUCAGCUGAAGUGAAAUGAAUAUGAUGGACUCGUUUUUCUACCAAACAAACUAAAGAGCUCUGACGGGAUGUUGGUAGUGGAGGGAGACUCAGUUCAGAGGACGUUCCACGUCAGUCUGUGUGGCGUCAACUCCCACUGUCCUCACGGCUCCUCCGUCUGCUACACCGACAGCUCCGGACUCACCACCAAUGUCGCCACCUCCUCUCUCCAGACCAUCAUGACUCAAGGAACGUCGAUGUGGAUUCAGAUGAACUCAACUGACGUUUCUCUCACGCUAUUGUCAAUGUGGAGUGUGUGGACGACAGUGCUGACGUCAGCAGAGCUGAAACUAUGGAGUUUGUGAAAGUCACUACGUCGACCGCUGGCAGUGAGAGGCACACAUUCUAUCACUUCAACAUGUGGACCAAGAAAGGCUGCUCCUUCCUACACCAACCACAGCACCGUACACUCCACCACCUCAGUCACAAGAGUACAAUAAUGGCGGAGACCACAGUUUGGUGGGCAGUGGUUCGUCUGGCUCUGGUGGUACCUCAUCGACCGUUGUGGCUCUGUUGGUCACACUAGUGGUACUGAUGGUAGCCGCCAUCUUUCUUGGCUUUAUCUUCUACAAGAAAGAGAGACGGGAUAGAUUUAUUAACUUGUUCAAGAACAAGUCAUCUGAACCGGUCAAGUAUGAAAAGGUUAGUAACAAUAGUGUGCAGUGUACAUAAGAUGUGCCUCUCUAAAAAAAGUGGGAUCUGGAGAAGAAGUUGGGAUUAAGACAGAGGAGUCUGUGGUGGAUUGUUUGUCCUUUUCUCCCCACGAAAUUGGCAGAGAAAAUGGCCAUUAACCACAAGUUUGCAUUUCCUAUGCUGUUGAUACAACUACACAAAACCUAACUCAAAAUCCAGACCUAACUCAAACUCUGUGAUUUGAAGCUUUCCCAAAUUAUUACUGGGGCCAUCUUAAUUUCCCAAGACUAUCUUAACUUGCCAAAACCUCACUCAGCUGAGUUUGUAGCUAGCCACCCAGUGUUUCUGCUCUAUACUGUGCAGUUACCAAUGACUCUUACCGAGG